CGGCACUUGAUUCAAAUCCCCAGAGACACUGCCAAGGGGACAGGUAGGGGUUGAGGAACGGCCUGUAUUAGUCACACCAAAUAAUCCUCAUAUUACGUGAUAUCGGUAAUACUGUCUUAGGAAGACCGUAUAAGCGUGCAUUUAACAUCCGGUCAUCUCUACAGCAUACAUUACCUCAAAAAGACACGGGCUGAUAAUUACCCUCAAUACUUGUACGUGGAUUUGAUUUGUUACCAUGGAUAACUUCACCCAGCUCGAAAGCCACAGCAACGAACUUGCGCGGGCUGUGAGGAGUCUUGCCAGCUACUGUCGAGGCGCUGAUGUCCAGCAAAGUGUCGCUGACCAGUUACUGAUCGACUCCGAAGCCCACAAAGAAGUGCAUCGAGCGAAAAGAAGCAUUUGCGCCAACGUUGCGAGGAUCAAGACGUUAAUGUGUGGGCCAACGGACUUCCUUGAACAUCUGGCUAGUCAGGUUGCAAUCCUCGCUUGCCUGGGAUGGCUAGGGGAGUUCCAGAUUCUGGCCUGUAUACCCCUGACCGGGAGCGUCCCCAUCCAGGAUGUAGCGGACCUGUCAAGUGUUCCCGAGCCGCAGCUAUGCCGCAUCAUCCGACUGACAGCGACGGUGGGCUUCCUGGACGAGCCGCAGAUGGGGCAUGUAGCCCACACACCCUUGUCAGCUUCCUUUGUCGAGAAUCCUUCAUUCCUCGAUGCGGGGAUGUUUCUUGCUGAAUUUGCUACCCCGGCAGCGCUGCAAAUGGCGCCAUCCACCCAGCGGUUCGGGGACUCAUGCCGGCCCAAUGAGAGCGCCUAUAACCUGGCUUUCAACACAACGAAACCUUUCCACACGGCACGCAAGGAAAGGCCCAAGCUGAGUCGCCAGUGGUCUGCUUAUCUACACUAUGCCGGAGGACUGCAUGCAGCUGACAACGUUGCCGACAUUCUCACACAGCUCAAUUGGUCCAACAUCAGCAAUGCGUGCAUAGUCGAGAUGGGGGGCCACUCAACCUCGACGGCUGAAAAUCUGGCGCGUCUGUAUCCAACCCUUCACUUCGUCGUGCAGAUGAGCGAAUCUCCAACGCCCACGCCGGACGUCAGUGGCGGGGAGAUGGACAGUUCUCGCAUCACGGUGACCAAUCGUGCCCCGGGCACCCGGCAGACAGCCACUAAUGCAGCCGUCUACAUCCUCCACCUUGCGUCAUCCCCGGCUAGCGUCAUCCUUGCCGAGCUGCGGAUCCAUCUUGGUAUACUCCGUGCCAGCAGUGGCAUCAUGCUUAUUUUUACGUCGCGGCUGCUCCCAGAACCCGGGUGCGUGUCCCUCCCGGGCGCCGAUACUAGCGCGCGCGCGCGCGAUCUCGCCCUGCUGCAGCUGGCCAAUGAGGGCGAGAUGGAGAUGGUCGAGCUGCUCGACAUGAUCGACUCGGUCUGCGAUAGCUCAGGAAAGCUGGUCGUAAUCAACAAGUUGCGCUCACCCAGUAGCCUGGUGGCCGCUCUUGUCGUCAAGUACCAGGUGUGCGUCGCCGACCGCGGAGUGGAGCCGCGUCCGGUGUAGGCAAGCCAAUCUGCCCGUGUGAACAUGGCCGGGCAGUCGCUAUCAGUUAUCAUAAAACACGAAAUAUGGUUCGGCCGCUGACGUUGGAUCAUGUCGGGCGAACAUUCAUUCCGCGUGAGAUAUUUGGAAGAACCACCGGAGUGUUGACUCGGAUGGUCGGUCGCAGGUGGGCAGAGGACCCACUCGGACGGUCGACCGGGGAUCCGCAGGGAGGCACCGCUCGGGAGAACCAUUUGGAGGUUCAUAUGAGUCAGACAGCUACUAUAGUACAUUAAUAACAAGGUGUUUAUCGGUGGGUCGGAGCGUACACUGGAG